GGCCUCCCUCUGCCCGGCCUGGGCUCGGGGAGCGCCUGCUGGGUGGCUGAGUGAGGGCCUCCCUCCGCCCCAACCCCCGGCCUGCCCCCCGGGCCCGGCGGGGACGGCGGCGCCUGGCAGCGGGGGAUUUGGAUGCGGCGGCCGCCCCUCCCGCUCGCCUCACCCCCCCCCCCCCACCAGGGGGUUGGCGCCCGGGGACUUUAUCUUGAUUCCUUCGGACAGCCCAGCUCCUUCCCGGCAUGCCCCGCUCGCAGGAGCCGCCCGCGAGUCCCGCGCCCGGACUUUGCCAUCGGCGGGGCCGGGCGGCCGAAGCGCCCCUGGGGAUGCGUUCUGCGGCCGCGGCCUGAGGUGGAGAAAUUAAAGCCCAGACAAGGGGAAGAGACUUGCUCAAAGGCACAGAAGUAGGAUCCUGCAACGAAUACAUACUUCUCCGAGGUGCCCUUGUUUCUCUGCCGUAGUCUAAAAUAGGUGUGGAAGAACCUCCUGAGUGAAAACAGGCAGUAGGCAAAGAACACUUUAACACCAGUUAUUUAGCCCAUGCUGGGGAUGUGACGGGGACAGAGGGAGCCCCCCAGAAGCAUGGAGACUGUGGUGAUUGUUGCGAUAGGCGUGCUGGCCACCAUCUUCCUGGCCUCGUUUGCAGCCUUGGUGAUGGUGUGCAGGCAGCGUUAUUGCCGGCCUCGAGACCUGUUGCAGCACUACGAUUCCAAGCCCAUUGUGGACCUCAUUGGCGCCAUGGAGACCCAGUCGGAGCCGUCUGAGCUAGAACUGGACGAUGUGGUCAUCACCAAUCCCCACAUCGAGGCCAUCCUGGAGAAUGAAGACUGGAUUGAAGAUGCCUCGGGUCUCAUGUCCCACUGCAUUGCCAUCUUGAAGAUUUGUCACACUCUGACAGAAAAACUUGUUGCCAUGACAAUGGGCUCCGGGGCCAAGAUGAAGACCUCAGCCAGUGUCAGUGACAUCAUCGUGGUGGCCAAGCGGAUCAGCCCCAGAGUGGACGAUGUGGUGAGAUCGAUGUACCCUCCGUUGGACCCCAAGCUCCUGGAUGCCCGGACAACUGCCCUGCUCCUGUCGGUCAGUCAUCUGGUGCUGGUGACCAGGAAUGCUUGCCACCUGACCGGGGGCCUGGAUUGGAUUGACCAGUCACUGUCAGCUGCUGAGGAACACUUGGAAGUCCUUCGAGAAGCAGCCCUGGCUGCUGAGACAGACAAAGGCCUCCCAGGCCCUGAAGGUUUCCUGCAGGAGCAGUCGGCCAUUUAGUGCCUGCUGCCGUCCCCGGCUGGCUCCUCGGCUCCUCGGAGCCUUCCAUUCCCCCUCCCCUUGCCUCCCGUAGUGUUAGGUGUUCUCCAAGGCUCUGGAGCUGUGUGUGCAUAGCUGGUGGCCUCCGUUGCAAUUGCCAGUGGUGGCUGGUGAGUGGCAGUUAUGGGAAACAACAGGCCCCCUCUGUGCAGAAGAGCUUUAGAAACUGGCGGAGCGUCUGCUUUAUUUAGCUCACCUAGUGUUUUCAGGGAAAUUGAACCAGCGUCUAAAAAUCACAAGGUUUCACGUUAAAAUCAGUCUCUGGCCUCUCAUAGACAAUCCGAAGCUAAGGCAGCUCUGACAUGCAUUUUCAGAAGACAAUCAGCUGGAACUCAGUAGGAGUUAUCUCUUUCCAUAGGGCUGGUGCUCUCUUACCCGGUCUGGUUCAUUUAUUUGUAGUAUCUGCCUGGUCCCCGAGGCAUCUGGGUCCCCCCCCUCCCCUUAUCAGGUUUGGCUUUGAAAGUGAGCCCCUUCCCUUUUUGUCCCUGUGCCUGCAAUUCUACCUAGCUACCACUAGGAGGACAGUAAACUUACACUGAGAUUUUG